UCCAUUGUGGUAAAAAGAAAAUGGGAAAUGGUAAAUUGUAGAGGAAGAUUGCAAGUUCAUGGUGCAUGACCCACAAAUGCUGAAGUGUUUUGUGUAUGAAGAUGCCUCCUGUACAUUUAUGGAGUGUGAGAUGGAUCUCUAUUCUGAUUAGCUGAACGGUAUUGGAAGGAGUUUCAGUUUCCCGUGCUCUUGAAACUCAAAAUGGAUGUUUUAGGAGAAAAUGAAGCCCUGCAGCAGUUCUUUGAUGGUAAGGAUGUCACUGGAGAACUGGAGAAUCUUUUUGUUGACACCAGUAUGCUGGAAGAAUAUAUUAGCAAUGACUUAGAACCAGGAGCCAUCUCAUUACCAGAGUCACCACCGGAUUCUGUUCCUGAAUGCUUUUCACCUCCACAAAUGAAAGAUGUACAGCGUGGAGGUACCUGGACUGCUGAAAUCCACCCCCAGAUGAGACAGACCUCUUCGGUGAACCAUCGUAAAGCUUCUUGUGCACUCAGUGAACUGGCGGUGUCUACUCAUUCUAACUUGCCGCAACAGUGCAGAUAUAAUGGACUUCGGGAACACUCUGUGAAACCUCAUGUGACUAUACCUUCGAGCAACUGCUCAGUACCUUCAAGUUAUACGUGUCUGCCAACUGUUCCCGUCCAGCAGAACAUCAAUCACCCUUCCGAAGUUUUAAUUCCGCAUUCAAACAAAAGGAAACAUUCUGAGUUUUUUGAGGACGCUGUUGAUGACACGUGGAAUGAAAUUGAAGAAGAUUGCUAUUCUAGAGAACACUGUGCAGAUAACCACAGUUUAGAUACGGACAGGCAAACGGGAGUUUCUAUGGACCAGGGCUGUCUACGUUUGAAAUGGCAAUCUUUCCAACCCAAUCAAUGGGCGACAUUAUGUGACAGUAGUUACAAUGAAUUAUCUGCUCCAGGAUAUCAAGUAGAUGCAGACAAAGGAUUUAACUUUUCAACAGUGGAUGGUUCAUUUGUUUGUCAGAAGAAGAACCACUUCCAGGUCACAGUUCAUGUUGGCUUGAUUGGAAAUCCAAAAUAUGUCAAAACACCUGUGGGCUUUAAACCAAUUGAAUCAUUCUUCCUGAAUAUUUUUGGAGUAAAGGCUGAAGCCACAAAUCAGGUGAUCAACAUUGAGCAAUCUCAAUCUGACCGCAGCAAGAAACUUUUUAAUCCAAUCAGGGUUGAUUUGCCAGGAGACCAAACAACAAAAAUCACCUUAGGAAGACUACAUUUUGGUAAAACAACUGCGAACAACAUGAGGAAGAAGGGGAAACCUAAUCCAGAUCAGAGGUAUUUCAUGCUUGUGGUUGGUCUGUAUGCACUCAGUCAAAACCAGAGUUAUCUAUUAACUGCUCAUUCAUCGGAACAGAUAAUUGUGCGGGCUUCAAAUCCGAGCCAGUUUGAGCACGACCAUGAAGCAACGUGGCAACAGGGUCAUUCCCCCAACACGAUUGUUUGCCACGGCCAAGUGGGAAUUAACACCGAUACGCCGGAUGAGGCAUUGGUUGUGUGCGGCAAUGUACAAGUCAUGGGGACAGUAAUGCAUCCUUCUGACCAACGAGCAAAAGAGAAUAUACACGAGGUUGACACCACGGAACAACUAAAGCGGAUUACACAAAUGAGACUCGUGGAAUAUGACUAUAAGCCCGACUUUGCAUUAAAAAUGGGUGUUGAUCAUGUACAUGGAACCGGCAUGAUAGCACAAGAAGUGAAAGACAUUCUGCCAGCAGCUGUAAGGGAGGUUGGGGAUGUGACCUAUACCAAUGGUGACAAAAUCGAGAAUUUCCUUAUGGUUGAUAAAGAUCAAAUCUUCAUGGAGAAUGUUGGUGCCGUGAAGGAGUUGUGCAAGUUGACCGACAAUUUGGAAAAAAGAAUUCAAGAAUUGGAGAUCUGGAAUAAGAAUCUUGCCAGAUUGAAGCAGAACGGGACCAUGAACUCCACAAUGACAGAGAAACAUAGGAGCAGGAAACAGAGAGCGUACUCACCUUAUGGGCGUGGUCCUCAUGCUAUCCCCAGUAGUGCAGAAUUCAGUGAUAAGACAAGCAUGUUCAGCCAAUCGAGCAACUUAGUGCCCUCAAAGAAACCUGUUAUGGCCAACCGCAAGGCUUACCUUAAACAAGAGUGCACUCCACAAAAAGUCUUGCAGACUGCCAUCAUGGCUCUGUUUGGUGUCAUGGCCUUUUGUAUUAUUUUGAUUUUGGCUCUCUAUGUGCUGACUUUAACUGAAGAGAAAAAUGACAUCAAAAUUAUCAACAGCAGCUAUACUGCAGGAGUACUGAGCACAACUGGACAAACUACCAUUAUCCCACACACAACAUUGUCAGUAAAGAACUCAAGUCCAUUUUAUACAACGUUAAAAACGGAAACUUCUUGGCCUGAAAUAACCUUUUGUGGUGUCUUACCUUGUGACAUGGUGCAUUGCUGUGAUGGUCGGUCUCCGGUCAAAGGCAUUCCCUUCCAGCGUACUCAGAAGAUAAUCGCUAAGGAUCAUCAUACGAUGCAAAACCUUUCAGAGCCAGGAUCAGGGACAAGUCCAUUUACAAAUAAAAGAGAAGGGAAGCAGGAUGAUUGGUUCGAUACAUCUGUUAGAUCAAUACAGAUCCUGGAAAGCCAGCAAAUUAUUGAUCAGCAAUUCUGUACAAAAGGAGUUCACUGUGGAAAUGGUAACUAUAACUACAUAAUCCCGAUCAACAAAUAUACACCUUUGAAUAUGAGGAUUACUUUAGAAAUAAACACAACAGAACCCAUGCUUGUUUAUAAAUGCACAAUACACUUUGGCAGAACUUGUGUGAACUCUGUAAGGAUUGAAUCUCAAAAAGAUGCUUCACAAGAAAUGUCACAGGGUUAUCAACAUUUCUGGGUCUUGCCUGUUGCACAUCUGCAUGAGUGCAGGUACCACUUCCGUGUUGCUGCAGCAGAUCUGGCGGAUUGUGGAACAGAUCAGAAUUUUGCUGGGAUAUACUUCACUGAUUAUUACUUUUAUUUUUAUCGACGAUGUAACUAACUCAGUACAACCAAAACUACUUGUACCUUGAACCUUGAUGUUGAGAUUUCUGUGGUGCAUAUUGUAGCUUCAUCAGUAUAUGCAAGUGUUAAUCCAUCAUUUAAUUCCUUGAAAUGCAACAUGUUACAUGCCAGUUGUUGACCACUAUCAUCUCUGUUGUGUAUUUGAUAUUUCAAUAAUAUUUGCGUAAUCUUGUAUAUAUAUUGUUUAAUUAAGCAUUCUUGUUCAUUUAAAUAAUUACUUAUGGGUUAUACUUAAAAUAUGUUAAAUGCAUAUGUCAUCACACCAUCACGAGUUACGUGUGUGCCUCUCUUUAAGUAAAUUUGAAGUUA